AAUAGAAAACAAAACAAGCAACUCUUUUUUGCUCGGGGCCAGUUCUCAAAAAAAAACACAACUAUGACACGUUUAAAUCUAAAAUGAAGUUAAUUUUUUGUCAUAUUUGGAAAACCCUCACUUGUUCCGUCAAGUAUUAUGGAGUUGAUAACUUUUACGAAUAAAUUUAUAAAAACUAGUGAUAAUCAAAGCGGUAACAGAGGUCGAUUAAAUGAAACAUUUAAACUGGAUUUUGACAAAUGUUUUAGUAUACGGAUAGUCUUAUUUGGACACUACAAGGUAGCCUCAAAUUUAAACUUUUUACCAGAAUUUUAAAAAUAUAUUUUGAACAUGGAAUUGAUUGCAAACCUUGAGAAAACAAAGCCUUCUGAGGGACUUACGCCGGACAACUUGAGAUACUUGGAAGAAAUCUUCAAUAAUGCCGUUGGUAACAAUAAAGAAGUUGAUUUUGAGAGUUUUAAAAAUAUAGUGCAGUCAAAAAACGUGUUUUUUGUAAAGCGCAUCUUCCAUAUCUUUGAUGCCGACAAAUCUGGAACUGUAUCACUCGAGGAAUUCAUGAGUGUUAUAAAAUCUUUCGCCAAUCAAACGCCGUCAGAAAAACUUCAUUAUCUGUUUCAAGUAUAUGACAUUAAUGGUGAUGGAACAAUUCAAUUUAAUGAGCUGCGAAAUGUUAUAAGUGAAUGCAUGAAAGAGAAUGGCCUGAAGUUUCAAGAAUGUGAAGUUGAUGAGUUAACACGUAUGCUAUUUGAAGAUGCUGACGCUGACGGAAGUGGCAGUAUAACAUUCACUGAAUUCAAAAAUCAAGUAGAAAAGCAUCCAGGUUUCAUGGAGAAUUUAACUCAGAGUAUUGAAAGAUGGUUUCUGCCACCAAUGAAACCAAAAGAAAAGCAGUCUUUUUCAUGUUCUUGCUUUCCGAGACGAAUAAAAUGGCUGCACAUCAGAAACAACUUGACAAGUGUAACUUUCCUACUCAUGUUCUUCCUUCUCAAUGUCACUUUGUUUACUUCAAGAGCUUGUCACUACUGGGACACAAAUAUAUACGUCAUACUCGCUAGAGCCUGUGGACAAUGUCUCAAUUUCAACUGUGCUUUCAUCGUCUUUUUGAUUCUACGGCAAACGCUCACAUGGUUGCGAGCGCAUGGGUUUUCCGAAUAUUUUCCUAUCGAUCAACAUCUCUACUACCAUAAACUAACAGGCUGCGUCAUCGUAUUUUACAGUGUCUUACACACAGUAAUGCAUGUCAUUAAUUUUUAUAACAUGUCUGUACAAAGUGAAAGUAAGGACGAAGAAAGUAUUCCCUUUCUACAAUUCCUCACUUCCACCCACCUGAAUAUUGGUUGGAUCGGGGGUGCAGCGUGUAUAACUGGGUGGAUUCUGAUACUUAUUUUGAUAAUCAUGUUUAUAUCCUCCAUGCCUUUUGUUCGUCGAAAUGGAAAAUUUGAAGUAUUUUACUACCUCCAUCAAUUAUCGUUUGUGUUUUGGAUGUGUCUAAUAUUACACGCCCCUCAUUUUUGGAAAUGGUUUUUAGCACCAGCGUUACUCUUCUUAGUUGAAAUCGUUACCCGCAUUAGUCGGCAUUUAUCCAGCAAUAAGGUAGCAUAUGUUCAACAUGGAAUCCUUCUACCUUCUAAGGUAACUCAACUAGUUAUCAAGAGGCCUCCCAAAUUUGAUUACCGCCCUGGUGAUUACGUUUACAUAAAUAUUCCCGCGAUUGCAACGUAUGAAUGGCAUCCCUUCACAAUUAGCAGUGCUCCAGAAUUAGAUGAUGUUAUUUGGCUUCAUGUUAGAGGAGUCGGUGAGUGGACUAACAGCCUGUACAAUUAUUUCGACAGGACUGAGAAAGAAGCUGUUCUAAGUGAUGAAUUAGCGAAAAAUUUGGAAGUUGAGUGUCAGUCACAAGUAGGCAGCGAGCAGCUCAAUUGCUUUCGAGAUUCUACAACAUCAGACGUAUUAGCGGGUACAGAUAGAAAUUGUAGCGCUCUGUCCUAUUUAAAAAUAAACGAUGCAACUUUUAUCUGCACGCCUGAACCAGAGCAAAAAAUUAUCCACAGAGAAAAUGCCCUGAUUUCUUCCAGCAGUGACAUACUAGAUGACACCUUUGUCAAUCCAUCUUUUGUAUCUGAAGACGAUGCAAACCAAACUGUCAUAGAAAUGGAAUUAGGUAAAGGAAGACAGCAAAAUAAUUCAAAUAAAGACAGCGUAAGCUCCUUGAGCAUCAAUUCAAAUGUUGAUCUUGUAUGGCGAAGAACGUCUUUCACAUCAAAUUCUACAAGUAGAGCAAUACAGAAAAAGAAUCGAGAGGAUAUUAGGAGCUACAUGGCAGAACAAAGCAUUAACAUUAGUAGACCUGAUACUACCACAAACCGAUCUUCGUCAAGAUUAUCAGUAAAAGGAUUUCCAAAAUCUAAAAGGAAAUCGGUUCGAGUCUCCAUUGCCAAGAAAGGUUUACGACGAUGUCAAACAGUCAUUGUAAUGCCAACCGUCGCAGAAGAUGAGGAAGAAGAGCCGAAGAUGGAUUUAGACAAAGAUGUGCUACCCACUGAAGAAGAAAUCAAGGAUUUAAAUAGGGAAAUCGAGUUUGAAAAUGUCAUUGUAAAACAAGAACCCUUAAAAAUAUAUUUAGAUGGACCUUAUGGAUCUCCAUCUCGCCACAUAUUCCACGCAAAGCAUGCUGUUCUGAUUGGUACUGGUAUUGGAGUAACCCCUUUUGCCAGUAUAUUGCAAAGCAUUAUGUAUCAAUAUAGAAAAUCUAGGCACACAUGCCCCAAUUGUAACCACAAAUGGUCUGAUCCCCUUCCAGUAUCAAACAUGCACCUUAAAAAGGUGGAUUUUUUCUGGCUCAAUCGACAUCAGCGUGCAUUUGAGUGGUUUGUGAAUUUGCUCAGUGAACUCGAAAUAGAACAAGCUCAACUUGAGGAGAAAGACAGAUUUCUGGAUAUCCACAUGUAUAUAACAUCGGCCUUACACCGGACAGAUAUGAAAGCAGUGGGUCUACAAAUGGCAUUGGAUCUUCUUUAUAAGAAAGAGAAAAGAGAUCUUAUCACAGGGUUAAAAAGCCGAACCCAACCUGGCAGGCCAGAUUGGAACAAGGUGUUUUCUUCAAUUGCAGAGCAGCAGAAGGGAAAGGUGACAGUAUUUUUUUGUGGGCCAAAUCAACUAGCAAAAACAUUGCAAACCAAAUGUGAUGAAUUUGGAUUCCGAUUCAGAAAAGAAAUUUUUUAGUGCGUUUAUUUCGUUAAAAUUUUAAUGUUUUUACAAUUUUCAUCGAAAUUAUUUUUAUAAAAUAAAUUACUGUUUUAUUGUUCUAUAAA